AUGAGUUUUACCUUUGCGAUAGAUAACUUCUCCGAGAAGGAAGCUGUGAUAGAAUCUCCAAAAUUCUCAAGCGGCGGCUGCCAAUGGUUUGUUGAGGUUUUUCCCAAAGGAUAUAUUGUUGAUGAUCACUUGUCAUUGUACCUCUUGGUUGGUAAUCCUGAAUCAUUACGACAUGGAUGGGAGAGACGAGCUAGUUAUUCCUUUGCUCUGUUGAAUGAAUCAGGCAAAGAGCUCUUGAAAACAACGGAAUCAUCGUGCCAAUUGUUCUGCGAUGAGUUCACAGGAUGGGGUAGGACAAGAGCCGUACCUCUCAGAAAGCUUCACAGGUUUACGAAGAAGAACAAACUGAUCGUUAAAGUUUAUGAAGCUGUUGAUGAAGGAUUUGUCACCGGGAAGGAAACGUUAGACAUCAGGGGGUUCCAAGUUCUUUAUUCUCAGGUUGUUUCGGUGGGUAGGCUUUUCAUUGAACAGCCGAACGUUGCAGCAAAUUUUAAAAUAAAGAACAAAUUGGUGAAGACAAGGCACAUGAACCUCCUUCUUGGUCUCAUAGAGACACUGGAGAGGCCCCCAAGUAGCUUCUCCGAGGAUGAGCUAAGCAACACUCGUAACAAUCUGAUCAAGCUAACAGAAGCACGAUUCAAGCUAGACUGGUUGAAGGCAAAGCUUGAUGAGGUUUCCUUGGAGUGGAAGAAAGAUGAUGCUCGAGUCCAAGAACUCGUGGAACACAUCAAGAAUCUCACACUUGAGCUGAAGGAGAAGGGAAAAACCGAUGCUUAUGCUACUAAAUUUCUCCCGUUGGCGCAGAUGGUGUCGGAUCUUACGUAUGAGGUGUCAGAUCUUAAAAUUUAG